CUGCCACCGCGGCCAUGGUCUCCAGCAGCAGUGGGCUCGCCGCCGCCGGCCUCCUGUCUCGCUCCUUCCUCCAGGUGUGGGGUACUCCAGACACCUCUGCCAGAAGCAGAUAAUGAAUGCUUCUUCAGUUGUGGAACCUGAUGUCUGAGGAUUUAGGAGGGCAUGAGGCAAUGAUUCCAGUGCUACAGAAUGGAAUACGACAUUGUUCCUAUACAGCUUCCCGUAAACAUCUCUAUGUUGAUAAAAAUACAAAGAUUAUUUGCCAGGGUUUCACUGGUAAGCAGGGCACCUUUCAUAGCCAGCAGGCAUUGGAAUAUGGCACCAAACUUGUUGGAGGAACCACUCCAGGGAAAGGAGGCAAGACGCAUCUGGGCCUACCGGUCUUUAAUACUGUGAAGGAGGCCAAGGAACAGACAGGAGCGACAGCUUCUGUCAUUUAUGUUCCUCCUCCCUUUGCUGCUGCCGCCAUUAAUGAAGCUAUUGAUGCAGAGAUGCCCUUGGUUGUGUGUAUUACUGAAGGUAUCCCACAGCAGGACAUGGUACGGGUCAAGCACAGACUGUUGCGCCAGGGAACUACAAGGCUAAUUGGGCCAAACUGCCCUGGAGUCAUCAAUCCUGGAGAAUGCAAAAUUGGCAUCAUGCCUGGCCAUAUUCACAAGAAAGGAAGAAUUGGUAUUGUGUCCAGAUCUGGUACCCUGACUUAUGAAGCGGUUCACCAAACAACACAAGUUGGAUUGGGGCAGUCUUUGUGCAUUGGCAUUGGAGGUGAUCCUUUUAAUGGAACAGAUUUUAUUGACUGCCUUGAAAUCUUUCUGAAUGAUUCAGCCACAGAAGGCAUCAUAUUGAUUGGUGAAAUUGGAGGUAAUGCAGAAGAAAAUGCUGCAGAAUUUUUGAAGCAACAAAACUCAGGUCCAAAUGCCAAGCCUGUAGUGUCCUUCAUUGCUGGUUUAACUGCUCCUCCUGGCAGGAGAAUGGGUCAUGCCGGGGCUAUUAUUGCUGGAGGAAAAGGUGGAGCUAAAGAGAAGAUCUCCGCCCUUCAGAAUGCAGGAGUUGUGGUCAGCAUGUCUCCUGCACAGCUGGGAACCACCAUCUACAAGGAAUUUGAAAAGAGGAAGAUGCUAUGAGAGAAAAAACAAAGUUUCCUAAGACUGUGGAAUGAAUCAUUGUACACACGUGAACCAGCAGCCAUUUGCUUCUGCUGUCUACUAACUGUCAGCCUCUGUGCCUGAUGCGCUGGUCUUUCAGUACUAUGGGAAGCCAAAACAAGGUUUAGAAUGUCGUAAAUUGAGAUGUUUUCACCUCACUGUAUAACAGCCAAUAAAUCUACCACUUGAUUUGAA